UAGGAAAAAAUAAAGGCAAAAUAGGCAAGAAACGAUACCGCCUCAUAUUUCCAUUUAAAGCACGAAAAAUCAAGCAAACCCAAUCAAAAGAGCACAGAAAAUAAUAAUAAUAAGAAAAUCUAGACCCAAUCAAUUAAUUUAAAACUGAAGAAGGGUUGAAGAAGUACUUGCUGCAACAUCUGUUUUGUUUGCUGCUGUAGAAGGAUUACUGCUAUGACUUUGCUAUGGUUGAAGAAUUGCUGGUGAUGCUUUGGAGGUUAUUGGAACAAGCUCUUAAGAUGUUAUUACAGUGGCUGAGAUUGGUAAUUGAUGAAUUAAAAGGUUUCAGUUUAGGGGAGGCUAUGUUGGUUUUAAGGCUAAUGUAUUUUGGAGUCUUUAUGUGUUUCAUUUUGAGUUAUGCUGCGUCGGUUUUUGUUAGGUAGCUCUUUUAGGUUUUUAAGUUGUAUAAGGUCAUAACUGUUUGUCUGUUAGCUAAUUUCAAGGGGCUAGAAUUAGUGGGCUAGAAUGUGGAUAGUGGCUGAAACAAGUAUGCUGUAUUUUAAGCUUUGUUUUGUCAAAUAAGUUUGUCAGUGUGCUCCUAAAAUUGGGUUCUACAAGCUUUACUGCAGUGCACGAUCGCUCAAACAGCUUUAUCCUUUAAUCUCUUCGUCUAUCAUAAUUGUAAUUACAGUUUCCAUGUUAUGGUCGGGAAUAAUUACCCGAACCAUAUACACUUAUUAAAAUAAUGAUUAGUAAACAAGCAAUAUUGCCCGGAAGUCCACUCGAAAAGAGCUGCAAAUGAAGCUGAUUGAGUAAGUUCCUGGUUAUCUACCUUUUAAUUGUUGAACAACACAAUAGGCCUGCAUAAGAUAGAAUUGAAAAUAACCUAUGCUGAAUCUAUCUCAUUUCCAGAGUCUGUAUUCUGACUUAAACAAUUAACAAGCUUUGCUAGGGUCUGCCACCAUCAUGUAUUUGUUCUGUAUUUUCCAUAAGACAUCCCCUUUUUUAUUUUGAAUUGAUGUAGGGGUGAUAUUGUCAAAGUUGUUAUAUGGGGAAGAAUCAUUGCACAGUUCGAUAAGAUAGUUGAUGAUGCUGGAGUAAGACAGAUUAUACUGGUUGUAACUGCGCUUACUGUGAAUACAUUCAAGGGUGAAGUUAUCGUUAGUUCCUUGUGUUUGUGUAAUAUGCUAUGGAUGAGCAUAUUAAUCUGAUUUUUUUAUCAAACAUAGGUGAAUUGUUAUUUUCUUCCUCGGGCUCCACAAUUCUGUAUGAUACCCUGGAUAUCCCGGAAGUAAAGGCCUUUACAGUAUAUGCCUUUCCUCAUUUUCAAUCUUUUCUUUUCCUGAUUUCAGAACCAGAGGUACCAAUCUUUGUUGAACAGCCUGCAGCUAAUCAAUCUCCUAUUGUUUCCCUCCCUGAACUUUUGGGAUGAUAGGACAACCCAGACAAUGAGGUUAAUUCUAAUUGCUUUUAUUCCCUAAGUCAUUGUGCCUGCCAUCAUUAUCCAUUUAUUGAAAUGAUAUUUAGUGUCAGAAAAUGGUAUUUGUUGUUGAGUGCAAAGUUGUUGGAAUCGAGCGGGGAUGGUGUUAGAUGGGCUGCCCUAACUGUGUGUAUAAACCCAUAGAAAGACAGGGCCAAUAUUUCUGUGUCAAAUGCAACAAGACUACACCAAUCAAAGCUGCUAAGUAAGGAUCCUCUAUAUGAGUUGAAAUUUAUUUUUCAGUGAUUCCACCAAAUAAAAACCUUAAGUUGCUUUCUUUUUAUUUCUCAUCCUAUCAGAUACCGUGUCCAGCUUGAGGUACAAGAGAAUUCCAGCUCAGCGACCUUUGUCGUGUUUGAGUAUGAAGCUAAACGCUUCUUUGGAAUCAGUGGUAAUGGACUUUUCAAUUAAGUGUGGACAAAAUACUGAUUCACCUCCUGAAGAACUCUUGAAGCUACUGGAUGUCACUAAGCAAUUCCAUGUGAAAUUCAAGAUAAACACUUACAAUGAUGCUCAAGCUGAUUUCAGUGUGGUGAAAAUACUGUAUUCCAUAACACAGGUCAGCUUACUAUUAUCCCUACAAUUCUUUUUUUGUUAUAAAACAUUGCCUCAUUUUGAGAAUUAUUUUUAUGCACGACUACAACCAUGGGAUGUAUAAAGUAUUUACAGCACAUAGUUGUACUAUAUUUCCCCUUCAUUAUGUAUGGAUAAUUUAAUCAUUUACUUAGGCCAAUGUUAUUGAUCCUCUUCUUCUAUCACCAGUAGUAUUGAGUCCUCCGAACCCUCCCCUUAUCAAUCAAACCAAAUGCCCAACCAAGAAGAAUGUGUGGAACUCCAGUAUUAGCAUCUGCAGCUUCUGACAACAAACUCAAGAGAAAGAUGUCCUUCGUUUGACAUUCUGAUGUUUCCAAAGACAGUAUCAAUUGGAUGUCUUGGCCCUUCAUUGGAUUUCAGCUUAAUUCCCUAGGUUUUACUUCAUGAGUUGGUUUCAGACUGUUUCGUGCAUUCUGGAGUGAGUGACAGUCUAUGACUCUAUGUCCAUCCUAAGAAUUCAAAUCCAUGAACAUAGCACUCAAGACUUAUUUGUUCCGUAAUUUAAAGGAUUAUGUGUUAGCUUUUCGUGGUUGCUUCUUAUUUGGUUCCUUUUUAAGUCGAUUGCAAAUCUGGAUUGGGAUUUCCAGGUCUGGUUUGUUGUUCUAAUCAGUGCUGAUAGGUAUAUUGGUCAUAGCCUUUGGUCUUCUUCCAACUCCAUGUAUCCUCUUAUUUUUCUUUCUUGCACUAUGUUGGCUGUUGGAGCUUGGAACACUUGGAAUUCUCUUUAUUGUUUGUAUUUUAAUAGGUUGUAUGCUUUUAAUGAUUAUUUUUCCCAAGAAUAGGGAAAAGAUUCAAGGUGAAGAUGGUGAGAAUUGAGAGGCCCGUCCAAGUUUAUUAUGAAAUGGGAGUUGUCUGAAAAGUUUGAAGAUUUGGAACAAUAGUAACUAUUUCACAUCAGUGAUACACUGAUAUUGCCAUUGCAGAACUGAGUUUUAUUUUUUGGUCUGAUAAAAUAUCCGUCCUCAUUUAUAUUGCCACGCAUAACUGCCCUAGUUAACAUGGUUGAAUGAAUCUUGAUUUUGUUUAAUUAUUAACCGUGAUUAUUUUGGUCAAAUAGGGUGGGGAGCCUCGUUGUUGCUGACCUUGUCCAUGGUUCUGAUGGAUUGAGGAACACAUACUUGUCACCACCAAAUGCAAAGAAAAGUGAGAAGAAUGCUGCUGAAUUUUUAGUUGACAAGGCCUCUGAGUUCCCUGGGGAAGUAUCUGUACUUGCAGUCUUUAUAAAAAGGGAAUCUCUUUGAUCAGGCGAUAAAAAGGGACUACUCAUUUGCUAGCAAAGUGAAGAAAAUUGUAGUUCUUGGAGGAGCCUUCGUUGCUCUGGGAAAUGUAAACCCUGCUGCUGAAGCCAAUGUAAGUUACUGUCACUUGUCUUUCUGAAACCUUGUUGUUAUCAAGUUAUUAAGCAUUUUCUCGAUGCCUUGCAGAUAUAUGGAGAUCCAGAAGCAGCAGACGUUGUAUUUACAUCUGGGGCAGAUAUUGUUAUAGUUGGAAUUAAUAUCACAACUAAGUUAAAUUUAUGGGUAGAAAACCAGAGAUUCCAUUCGCUCUGCUUCAUGUCUAGUAUUCUUUCGCCAAAUCGCAAGUCAAAAGCUAUCAGUAUUACUUAUGUUCUAUGUUUGUUUGCAGAUGCCAACCAUACUGGGUUGCGGGAUUCGAAAGGGAAGUAUGCUCAAUUAAUAUGCAAUAUAUGUGCAAGUUCUACAGAGAUUGGCAUGUAAAUUCUUAUGGAAUGCGUGGUAAUAGUCCUCCAAAUCUCUUCAACUAGUUAGCGCCUGAGAAUAGUUGACGUUCCAUAGUAGAGUUCACAUAUAACAUUAUAUAUAACUCGGUUUCAGGAAUUUUUCUGCAAGAUCCAGUGAGCUUUAUGGCGGUAGUUCGGCCUGAUCUCUUCACGUACCGGAAGGGCGUAGUGAGGGUGGAGACUCAGGGCAUCUGCAUUGGCCACACCCUAAUGGACCAAGGCCUUAAAAGGUAGGCCAACUCUCUAGAAUUUGAAGCAUAAUCAUUCCUUCCUCUUUGAAAUUUCAGUCAGCAUAUUAAACACCCUUUGACUGGUGUGAUUAUGGUUUUAGGUGGAAUACAAGCAAUCCAUGGAAUGGAUAAUCGCCUGUGGCAGUUGUUGCAUUUCGUCGAUACCACUAGAAUCAAUUCACGCAAUAGAGUGCAGUUCUCCAUUUCUACCAGGUACUGUGACUUCUGUCCUCUUUUAGUGUGUGUAUUCCUCUAUUUGAUCAAAUUAAUUCUAUAGUAAUCUAACCAUCUUUUUCAUGAAUGGUGCAUAAGAUAAGAUGGAAUUCAAUGGCAUUCGCGACCUUGAUUCCGAGAAGCAAAUAUGGUCAGGUCAUGUUGUGUUUCUAGGCUAUGGCUUGGAGUGAAUGUUACCACAGACAAAGUGCUCCAUUUGGACCUCAUCCUCAUGGAUUCGAAGGGCAACGAUAUUUGGGUACAUAUCCCUCCUCUGUUGCAAGAGAAGUUCAAGCGAUUUCCAAAGGAACACCAUGUUUACGUCAUCAAGAACUUUGAUAUCAAUGCAACUUCAUUGACACACCGGCCUAUUUCCAAUCCGUACAUCAUGUUAUUCACUCGGAAGACGACUGUUGAACAUAUCACUGACAUUCCUUCCAUGCCUACCUUCAAGUUCACGUUCAUGAAAGCAAGUGAGAUGGCAAAUAAAGUGGAAGAAAAAACCAUCAUCGCAGAUAUUGUUGGCGAAUUAGUUCAACAUUCGACUCCCAUCACUACAAGCAAUAUUGCCGGGAAGUCCACUCGAAAAGAGCUGCAACUGAAGCGGAUUGAGCUUCCUCUACAGCGACGACGGUUGGAUCUCCGAGCGCUCUUCAGUCUCCCAGUGCCGGCACCGUUUCUUCAACCAGAUGGGACUCUCUCCUCCGAGCAGUCUUCUUCCUUAUCCCGCUGCCAACCUGCAAGCCUGUAGAUUUGAACUUUCCUUCAUCCGUGCCGAUCAUUUCCCGCCCAGCCGCUUGGCUCUAAGCAAUGCUGCUAGGUUUAUGGCAUUUUGUUCUUUUGUUUUUGGUUUCUCUACACUGGAAUAACACCAAUGGCUUAUGAAUAUGAAUGUGUAUGUUUAAUAUAGGUAAUGAAUUAAAAAAAUGUAAUUUGGAAAUGGGAAUUUAACAUCACGUUAUAUAUAUAUGGUUAUGUCUUCGGUCACUCACUUUUUUGGGUGCAUUCAAUGCACCCGCCUCAUAAUCGUCAUUCUGAGCAGACGAUUCAUGUGAAAACGAUGUCAAUCAUCCCUUGUAGUAUGAUGAACAAGAACCACAUGAAUUUGUACAAAAAUCAAUCAAGGUUCACUUUAAUUUGAAUGAUUCAGGGUUUAGGAAUUUAGGGUUAGGGUUAGGGUUUACAAUUUGGGAUUUUGGGUUUAGAUUCAAAAUUGAAUGUUAAUAGGUUAGGGUAAUGGGUUGAUUAGUUGUGAUUUUAUGUUAUAUCAUCAUAUGAGACUAAUGCUACCCAUUAAAUUUUAAAAUUUGAUGUAUUAUGACCACUUUUAGAGGUGGGUGCACUGAAUGCACCAAAAAAAGUGAGUGCACCGAAGUAGCCACCAUAUAUAUAUAUGGGUGGUGUCUUGGAUGCACUUCAUAUAUAUAUGUGACAUUUGAGUGUUGAUUAGUAUUUUUACUAUUUUGCUCUUCAUAGGUUAAAAAGCUUCUUAAACCAUUUUUAAUUCCAUGUUUCAAUGCUCAAUAUGUUUUUUCAUAAAUUAUUUUGAUGUAUUACUAAUAAAUAGGUACAAUACACAUGGUAAUUUUUUUAGAGAUAUUAUAGAUUGAUUGACUCAUAUAAAAUGUAACAAUUUUGACCUAUGCAUGAUAUUGAAUUAUUGAUAUGUUUGUUGAAAUGAGACAUAUAAGUAGUACACUGUCCUCCAUGAUUUAGGUUGAAUAGUUUAUUGGGAUUUUUUACUAAUUUGGCUAAAAUAUUGUUAUAAUCAAUAUAUGCGUAUAAUAAAAAUGAUAUUUCAUAUAUUUAUAAAUUACUUUGUAAAAGAUUAAAAAUACUACGUGCCCAAAGGGCAGGAUCGAAGCUAGUCAAUAAUAAGAGAACAACCCGGCCAAUAGGUCAGGUAGAAAGAUAGUUUAAUUGAUGGCGCAAAGGAAAAGUAAAAAAAAACGUUUCCUAGGGAGGUAGGCGUACAGUUAGGGAAAAUUGGGCUUCUAUUUUGACAAAGGCCCGGAAAAGUUAUUUAAUCAAAAGCCCAAAUUACAGAAAAUCCGAUGGCGUUCUAGGAAGGAGGCAUGCCCACGACCAGUGAAAAUUAGAAAUACUUGCACAAUGAAGAAGUAGGUUUCAGUCCGAAACGAGAAACGGCUCGAAAAGCUUCAUCUUUAUUUAAUUGAUGGCCCAAAGGAAAUAUAACCGACAGCGGUUUGGAAGGGAGAUGGGAGAAAGGUUGGGCUAAAGUGGGCUUCCUUUUGACAAAGGCCCAAACAAGCUUAUUUUCCAUUUAAUCAACUCGACCGAGCAACCUCGUUCGACACCGGCCUUCGCACCGUUCUUCUCUCUCUCACCACAACUCCGACGGCAUCCAGCGCCGGCGUUCAGGCCACCAGAGGCCGUCCGACGACGGUGUUAGGACCAAGGUUGGUGACGUGUCCAGGCGCGAUAGCGAGAAGUUCAACGACCUAGCCUUCUUCAAUACAGGCGGCAGCUACUUCUAGUCGGCGGCGGGUCCUUCAAGAGGGCGGCGGGUAACAAAGGAACAAGACGGAGAGACUGAAAACCUAGUUCUUGCUUUCUCAUUCAUCAAAUCCGCCUCUUAUAGGCUUAGCAAACCAUACAAACAGACAAGCUUCCAUGGACAUUGUUUGGUAGCUUGGAAAGGAAACCAAGUCUGACUUGGAGUAAAAGGAAGUACAGCUU